GCUGGCGACACGGUGGGCGUGGUUCGCAAGGAGGACGGGACGCUGCAUUUCUUCGUCAACGGGGUGGCGCAGGGGCCGGCCGCCUGGAACGUGCCCCCCAAUGUCUACGCCGUGGUGGAUCUGUAUGGGCAGGCGGCGCAGGCCACCAUCCUCGACGACACGGAUCUCCUCCCGCUGCCCGAUGACCUGUCGGAGGGCAACAACCAGCUGUCGCCCAGCAGCCCCUCGUCCGCGGCCUCUGUGAGCGACCUGCGCUUCCACCAGCUGCACGGCGCGAACGCGGUGAUCACCAACGGCGGGCGCACGGCGCUGCGCCAGAACUGUCGUAGCGAGUUCAACGACGCCAUCGUCAUCUCCAACCGGGCCCUCCGGGACGGUGAACUCUUUGAGAUCGUCAUUCAGAAGAUGGUGGAUCGCUGGUCCGGCUCUAUAGAGGCAGGGGUCACGGCCAUCCGGCCCGAAGACCUGGAGUUCCCCAACACCAUGACGGACAUCGACUACGACACCUGGAUGCUCAGCGGCACGGCCAUCAUGCAGGACGGCAACACCAUGCGCAACAACUACGGCUGCGACCUGGACUCGCUGACUACGGGCUCCCGCAUCGGCAUGAUGCGCACGGCCAAGGGCGACCUGCACUACUUCAUCAACGGCGUGGACCAGGGCGUGGCCUGCUCCAGCCUGCCCCCCGCCAAGGAGGUGUACGCCGUGGUGGAUCUCUACGGCCAGUGCGUCCAGGUGUCCAUCACCAGCGCCACGGGCCCCAUGGACAACAGCCUGUCGACCAGCAACAUCACCGAGAAAUCCUUCCCCAUCCACUCGCCUGUGCCAGGCGUGGCUCACCGCUUCCACAGCAGCUGCGGGAAGAACGUGGCCUUCCAGGACGACGGGUGCCGGGCUGUGCGCGUGGCCGGCUACUGCCACGGCAUCGUCUUCAGCAUGAAGGAGCUGAAGGCCGACGAGGUGUUUGAGGUGAAGAUCGAGGAGCUGGACGAGAAGUGGUCGGGCUCCUUCCACGUGGGGCUGACCACGUUGCUGCCCUCCGAGGUGCCCUACGCGGCCACAGGGCUGCCAGCCUCCCUGCUGGAGCUGCACUCCAAGGCCACCUGGCUGGUGGCCGGCUCCGAGGUGCGGCGCAAUGGCCAGCUGCAGAAGCAGAACUACGGCUGCUCGCUGGAGAGGCUGGGG